UAGCCAUUUUGAAGUAAUAGAAGAAUUGCGUGCGUUAAGGAAGGAGAGUGAUUUACAAAAUGAAUUCCUGGACAGUUACAGUAACGGUUCCUGAAGCAGCUGGUGCUCCUGCCGUCACCCCUGGUGUAGGAUCGAGGUAUCCUUCGCUUGCUUCUCGGCAACUGCAAUCUAAUGCAGUUCCAGAAAAUAAUAUGGUACAGCCACAUGAGGAUGUCAAAAAACCACUUGUAGAAGCUGCAAAUCAGGAUGUGGAUUUGCGUCAACUUCCUGGGUCACCUAGUAGGAAACGUUCAUCCACGGAAAUAGGAGAGCAGCCACUGCCAAAGAAAACAAAAGCAGAAGUUUUUGAUGAGUUGUUUAGAAAUGAAGAUGUUGAUCUUCAACAGUUACCUCCCAAUGCACCAGUUGUCAUGGAGAAUGUACCUCCAUCACAGCCCCCACCUCCAGUAAUAUCUCAGUCUUCACCUAUUCCAACAUCAGCAUCGUCUCAGGAUAGUUCAGCGAACCCUACUUCAUCUUUAAAGCAGCCAUCACCUGAGAGAGAAAGUGAGGAGUCUGAAGUCUGCAUGGAUGAAUGCAAAUCCAUUAGUGAAGACGAUGGUAAAGAAAACAUUGAACGUGAACUAAAGUCUCGAGGUUGGGCAAAAUAUAAGGAGAAGAAACCAGAUACAUGUAAAUCUGCACUGGGGCCCAUGGGUUGUUCUGGUCGUGACGAACUUGAUCUACAAAAAUCACGUAGUUCGGCUCUAGGGUCCAGUUCGCAACUGAGAGAAAGAGACAUGAUCUAUGGAAAUCCCAGGGACAGAGGAUUGUCAAAUUUUCACAGAAGUAGUGGAAAGUUUGAUAAACUUGGACAACCACUUCUUUAUCACAAGUUGCCAGAUGAUACUGGAGAAAGGCGUCGGUCCCUCAGCACUGCAGUUGAAGAGGAUAUGAACCAUCAUUUAUUUGAUGAUGCUAGUGAUAUCAGUGUUAAUAUGAUCAUGCAGGAAGUUGAAGAGCAGCUCAAAAAUGGGACAAUAUCGUUUUCUCAUUAUAAUACAGUGCUGAAACAGGUAAUUCAGUUAAAUGAAGUUCAGAAGUUAAGAGAUGCACAAAGACGAGAUCAGCAGGAAAGUAAAGAGAACUGGGAACCGAGCAGAAGAAGACAUGCAUGGGAAACCAGUCAUUUAUCACCAAUCAUUGCAGAUGAUGAUAGACAAGGUGGUUCCUCUAUAGAUGCCAGGUUUGGAGACAUCGAUGAGAGAUUGCCAGUACCUCAUAAGCAUAAAAAUCUUACACCCUCAUUGUCAUCGUCUUCUGAGCUCUCCAUGCCAGGGAGAUUUCAGCCUGGACCUUCACAAUGGAAUGAUGCUGGACGUCCUCACAUGAGGUCUGGUCAUUGGGACCAUGCCCCUAAUCCAUGGAUAGGCAGUGCACAUAGUACAAACUCAGUACCCUUAACUCAAGGUCACCUUGGCACUCAUGUCCGUAUGCUUAAUCCAGGCCCAAGUCAAGGACAAGGCAUCCCCUUUCACCAAACUUCAGGACCAGAAUUUCAACCAGUUGACAGUUUUGGUGGAGUUAACCGGUGGAGACCACAGUUUCAGAGUUGUACACCUUGUGAAGGUGAUGUAGAGAGGUCUAAUACACGUUUUAAUGGCCGUUCGGAUAACAGAUUUCGGGGACCUGCUCCAUCUUUGCUGAAGCAGCAGCAGGCACGUGGAAAUGAUGAAGUGCCACCAGCAGAUCCUAUGAUUCUCAAGCUCAUAGCACAGGAUAGAAUGAGGACUAUUAAUGUAGAUGGUGUGCCUAGGGAACUACGUUUCUACGGUGACACCGCUGUAGUGAUGCUGGCGUGGGAUGACCCACGAGAAAUUGGUUUCCAGGGAGGUGCACGAACAGUCACAUUUGAUGAGAGAGAGUCUAUACUCUGUUCCUUGAAUGAUACAUACAGAGAGUUUAUCAUUGAUGGAAGUAUGCACAGGAUACGACUUGGUGCACCAACUCGUGAACUCUAUGUUGAUGGCAAGUGGUAUGAAUGUUUCUUUGGUGGUCCUCCAGUUACGAUUGAAAUUGAUGGGAAGAUGCAUGUUGUGAGGUUGGAGGGUCCACCUCCUAAAGUUAAAAUUGGCCUGUUGAAGCGGACAGAUCUGGUUGCUGGCAAGAUCAAUUUAAUCAUUAAUGCCAAAACUAUGGUACCAGUGUUCUUGGAUGCCAAACCACAAAGAUUUGACAUUGAGAAUAAACCCCACGUACUUCAUUUUGUCAAAGCUUUGUCGACUGUGUUAAUUAAUGGACAGCCUAUCAAAGUUGAAUUUGGUGGAGUUCCAAAACCCAUUAUUGUUCAUGGCAAGAAGCACUUUAUACGUUUCACCAUGUUACCUCGUGGUAUCAGGCCUGGAUAUGUCAGCAUUGUUAAUAUGGAAGGUAGUCGUUUGCCAUCACCUCCUCGGCCGAAGAUUGAAAACAAUGGAACCUUAACCUUUGGUAGAGAAGAUUUCCGUCAUCCAUCCAGCAGAUUCUCAGAAGGAUAUGAGCCUGUAUUACCUGUUGUGGGAGCUACUGGCAGUUUAGGCAGACGAGGUCUGAGAAAACAGUUUGGUGCAAACAGGGACCGAGAUUUACCUCAUGAGACUGAACAUGCAACAAACUCACCAGGACAAUUCCAUGGAGAUAAUGCAGUGAAAGGACCUGUUCCUAUUCAACAACAAAAACAUAGACCACGUGUUGCAGGGGCACAAUUACAUGGUGCUGGGCUAAGCAACAUCCCGUCCCUUCCUGCUGAAAUUAAUGUAGCUGAGCUAUUUCAGAGGCUGGUGGCAGCGGGAAUUGUUCCACAAGCCGGAAAAUCUGAUGCAGAUAGUAAGGAGGAGGAAGAAGCAAAGUCUAUAAAGGCCGUGGACUUCGGGCAGCCUGAAACAUUGAAAUUACGUCAGCCUGGUGCAGUGGCUAUCCUGUUCUCUGGUAUUCAGUGUAGUUCCUGCGGGAUACGUUUCCCUCCAGGACAGACUGUGAAGUACAGGAAACAUUUAGAUUGGCAUUUCUGGCAAAACAGGCGUGACAAGGACAAUGCUCACAAAGCUCAGAGUAGAGAGUGGUAUUAUGAUGCUUCAGAUUGGAUCCGGUUUGAAGAAAUUGAAGACACUGAGGAAAGAGCACAAAGCUGGUUUGAAACCCAGCAGGCUGUGGAAGCUGAAGAAAAAGAGAUACAAAAAGUUCCCAGUGUUUGCGCUGGAGAAAAUCCUGAGGACGCAUUUUGUGCUGUAUGCCAUGAUAAAUUUGAACAAUUUUUUCACGAUGACGAAGAAGAGUGGCACUUACGUUCAGCAUUGAGGGUAGAUGGAAAAACAUAUCACCCUCUUUGCUAUGAUGAUUACAAGGUUAGCAUAUUCAUUAUAAUGUUACACUUACUUUUAAAGACUUUAUUCUAUUGCCUUUAAAUUCACAUAUAAAUGUUGAGGUAAUAUAAUAUGCCCCAAACUGGAUUAACCUAUAAAUAAUUCAAUGUCAAUUUAUAUAUGGAAUUCUGUGUCAAUUCUGAUAUUGGAUCUUUCAUUAGUUUAGUAGUUUUGAAAUUGGGAAAUAAUUAAAUUCACCCUUAAUCUUCAUCCAUCAGAUUAAAUCUUCUGCUACUAUGGUGUUGGUGACUUGAUUUAUACAUUGCCAUAAUUGACUUUUAUGAGUCAGGAUAAGACAGUGUAGCAACUAGCUACAGGCUAGAGUUUGAGUCUCAAUAAGGGCAAGAUUUUUCUCCAGCAUAUUGUCCAGACUGGCUCUGGGGCCCAACGAACCUCCUAUCGACUGGGU